ACUUGCAGCAGCAGUCAUCGUCGUUUUCGUUUGCGUAUGUGAAGUGAAGUGAAGAAGGAAAAAAAGUGAAAAUUUUCAAUCGAACUUCGCCUUAAAAAAGCAAAUCAAUAUUUGCAAAUUAUUUACAAAAAUUCACUCCACCUCAAACCUUGUUAAAUUCCACACUUAAAUAAAUCAAUUUUCCAUCCGAAAUUGCAAUUAAUUUGCAAUUAAAUUGCGUCUUGCAAAAUGUAAGAAGGAGACUAAUUUUUUGAUUUUCUUCCUUAUAGUUCUUUUUUUUGUACUUUUUGACGCGCAUCCGUACGAUUGGCUGACUUCUUGAGCUUGACACAGCGAAAAUUAUCCAAAAGACAAAGCUGACUGAUAAGACGCUAAACAACAACGUUGGCAAGAUUGAGAGUGGAAAAUAGAAUAUAAAUAUUUUGUUCUGCGGAAAUCGCUACCACCUCACCAUCUUUGUCAUCGUCAUCCCCGAAUAAAGAAACAAACAAAACAACAAACCAACAAGCAAUAUAAUAAUAUAGUCAAACAAUAAGCAAUGGCAGAGUCGACUUCUAGUGCGACAGAUGCUACUGGCCUUAGUGCUCUCAACAAUCAAGGAUACCACCAGCUGAGUAUUACAAUUGAAGAAGCAUCCCUUCGAAACAAUGGAUUAUUCAGACCAAAUCCUUAUGUGGAGCUUCUUAUCGACAAUAAGAGCAAACGGAAGACCGAUACUAUGAAAAACACUCAUUUGCCAAAAUGGGAUGAAGAGUUUACAGUUUUGAUUACACCAAAUUCAAUUCUUCAUUUCAAAGUGUUAGAUCAUUCGAGUUUUCGUAAAGAUUCUAUGCUAGGUGAACGAUCAGUAAAUCUCAAUCAAAUUCUACAACACUAUAAUGGAAGAUUGGAAUUUCUGGAGCUAAGCAUGGAUUUGGUAAUCACAUCAAAGUCGGACAAUCGUCAGACAAAGAGUGGCGAGCUGGUGGCAAUACUUAAUGGUUUGCGAUUGGAUAUGACCAAGCUGGUUAUCACAAAUGGAAAUGGUGCUGUGCAACAACAACAACAACAGAGUCUGCCUGCGAUUGAUGGGACAACGAAUCCGAAUCGCAGUAGUGUUCUAAAUGGAGGGGUGAGGGCGCGAAUGAGAUUGCGUAGUACUAGUGGCUCUGAUAAUGCAAUCAAUUCUGGUGCUAUGACAAAUGGAAGGUCGCCGCCGGUACAAGUGACUAAUGCCGUUGUUGCAAUGAAUGGUGGCGGCGGAGGCGGAGUGGGAGGAGUAGGAUUAAGCAAUGGUGCAACUUGCAGCAAUAGUAGUUUGAGUGCAGUGGCUCCGUCGUCGUCGGGAGCUAUUCGUCGACAGACAUCGACAACGGCAGUAGCAGUGUGGGAGCAACAGCAGCAGAUGAAUGGAUCGCAGCAAAUGCUACCGGCGCAGACGGCCCAGCAACAAAUGCAGCCCCAGAGAAUACCCAUCCAGAGUGUGAACGGCACUGGCCAGCGAGUGAUGCAAGUUUAUACGGCCCCAAUGCAGAGUGCGGCCGCAGUACCUGGAGCUCCGCCGCCGGCUGCAGCAACAGGAGGUUAUAUACCAGCAGAGAAUGUUCCGAUGGAAGCUGCCCAGGGCAAUGCCGGUGGAAAUCCGGUGCCUGUGUCGAGCGUUGGCGACCAGCAGUUGCAGGCUGCACAAGCCGACGAUGAGCCACUCCCAGCAGGAUGGGAGAUUCGCUAUGACCAGUAUGGACGAAGGUACUAUGUAGAUCACAAUACACGUUCGACAUAUUGGGAGAAGCCAACACCACUUCCCCCAGGCUGGGAAAUCCGCAAGGAUCCUCGUGGCCGAGUGUACUAUGUGGACCACAAUACACGAACAACCACCUGGCAGCGGCCGAACAGUGAGCGUUUGAUGCAUUUCCAACACUGGCAGGGACAACGUGCUCAUGUUGUGGCUCAGGGCAAUCAGCGCUUCUUGUAUUCUCAGCAGCAGCAACAACCUACAGCAGUGACUGCGCCAUUAAGUCAGGACGACGAAGAGCAGCUGGGUCCUCUGCCCGAUGGCUGGGAGAAGAAACUGCAAUCCGACAACAGGGUGUACUUUGUAAACCACAAGAACCGCACGACUCAAUGGGAAGAUCCCCGAACGCAAGGACAAGAGGUGAAUCUUAUUAACGAAGGUCCCUUGCCACCAGGUUGGGAGAUCCGAUACACCGCCUCCGGAGAACGAUUCUUUGUAGAUCACAAUACUCGCCGGACGACUUUCGACGACCCUCGUCCUGGUGCUCCCAAGGGAGUCAAAGGUGUCUACGGGGUACCGCGUGCCUACGAACGAUCCUUCCGCUGGAAGCUCAGUCAAUUCCGCUAUCUAUGUCAGAGCAAUGCCCUCCCCUCGCACAUCAAAAUCACAGUUACCCGUCAGACACUCUUCGAAGAUUCCUACCAUCAAAUCAUGCGAUUGCCAGCCUACGAGCUCAGACGUCGCCUCUACAUCAUAUUCCGUGGCGAAGAGGGUCUCGAUUAUGGUGGCGUUUCGCGCGAAUGGUUCUUCCUUCUGUCCCACGAAGUUCUCAAUCCAAUGUAUUGCCUUUUCGAGUAUGCAAACAAAAACAACUACAGUCUUCAGAUAAACCCAGCGAGCUAUGUGAAUCCCGAUCAUUUGCAAUACUUCAAAUUUAUCGGACGAUUCAUUGCCAUGGCACUGUAUCAUGGCCGAUUCAUUUAUUCAGGAUUUACAAUGCCAUUCUAUAAGCGGAUGUUAAAUAAAAAACUAACCAUCAAAGACAUCGAAACUAUCGAUCCAGAAUUCUAUAAUUCACUCAUUUGGGUGCGAGAUAAUAAUAUCGAUGAAUGUGGUCUUGAAUUGUGGUUUAGUGUGGACUUUGAAGUUCUCGGUCAAAUAAUUCAUCAUGAGUUGAAAGAGAAUGGAGAAAAGGAAAAGGUAUCGGAAGAAAACAAAGAAGAAUACAUUACCCUGAUGACUGAAUGGCGAAUGACAAGGGGCAUUGAACAACAGACAAAAACAUUCCUAGAAGGCUUCAACGAAGUAGUUCCACUGGAAUGGCUAAAAUACUUUGACGAACGUGAAUUAGAAUUGAUUUUAUGUGGAAUGCAAGAUGUCGAUGUCGACGAUUGGCAAAGAAACACGAUUUACAGACACUAUAACCGAAGUAGCAAACAAGUUGUUUGGUUUUGGCAGUUUGUUCGCGAUACAGACAACGAGAAACGAGCACGUCUUCUUCAAUUCGUUACUGGAACAUGUCGUGUACCAGUUGGCGGUUUCGCUGAACUCAUGGGCUCAAAUGGUCCACAACGUUUUUGCAUUGAAAAAGUCGGCAAAGAAACAUGGCUACCUAGGUCGCAUACAUGCUUUAAUCGUUUAGAUUUACCACCGUACAAAAGUUACGACCAACUAGUUGAGAAACUAACAUUCGCAAUCGAAGAGACUGAAGGUUUUUGUCAAGAAUAAGUUAUUUUGGAAGAUAUGGCAAACAAAUUAAAUGUAAUCGAACUACGCAGUAAAACAUUUUGUUAUGUUAUCAAUUCGUAGAAGUUUUUGGGUAGAAAAUCCUUCAGUAAAAAGAAAAAGGAACUCAAAAAAAUAUUCAAAAGAUCGUUUGUUUAUUUUUUGUUCACUUACGAAGAUUUAAGAGCACAUCUCACUUCUAAUAGUUAAUUAAUAUAAAUAAAUUGCAUUAGUUUUGUUUUCAAUCGCUUGAAAAUAAGAAGAAGAAAAAUCAUUUUUUUUUCAUCUGCUCUAUAAAAUUAUCAGUAUCGAAAAUAAUUUGUUGAUUAAUUUUUCUAUCGUUGUUAUUAUUGUUUUAUAAUAGUUUACACGUACACUUUUUUUUCUAUUUUAUUCAUAAAUAAAUAUGCCCCAGUAAAAAUAAAAUAACGAAAAUCUACAACAUUUAAAUUGAAACAAACAAAAUAUGUGCUGUGGGCGCAAUAAACCUAUUUUAUGUUACAAUUUUUAUUUAUAUUUAUGUAUAUCAUAGGAAAAUGUUAUUUAAACAAAAUAAAUAAAUAAAUAAAUACUAAACAACUAGGGCGGCGCGGCGUGUGUAUAAAAUAAGAGAGGUGAAGCAACAUUUAUUAAUAAAUAUCUUUUAUUUUUUAGUAUUUUAUUCGUAUGUACAUUUUAAAAAAUAAAAUAUAAAUGUUUUUAUUGUAAAUAUAUAUUUGAUGAGAAAAUUAUAAUGAAAGGAAAAAAAAAAUAAAUAAUAAAAAUUAAGUUUAUUUGUUACAUUAUAAGAAAAAGACGAUUUAAAAAAAGUGACAAAAAAUAUUAUAUAUUAUUAUAAUAGUAUACAUAACAUUCGACCUAAACAAAUUAAAAAAAAAAUAAAACUAAUUUAACAAAAGUGAAAAAGCAUAAUGAUCGGCAGAAAAGAUAUACACCGGCAUAUAUUAUAUUUAAGAGAAAUAUAAUUAUAUUAUAAAUACAAAAAUAAAUAUUAGAAAACAAUAAUUAUUGUAACAAAAUGAUACAUAUAUUAUAAAAAAUAAAUAAAUACGUAUUAUUGUUAUGUAUGUACAGAUAUAAAAAUGACGGAACAUAAUGGAGAACUAUUGUUUAAAAAUACAAAUACAUUUUAAAUUAAAAGAAAA